AUGAAAUCACGCUUCAGCGAGUGGCUAACACGAAGUGCAGGUUGGUUAAAUAAGAAAGUCAUGAGUUGCACGGGUUUACCAGAUGAUGACGAAAAAGGUAAAAGCUUAACGAACAAACAUGCUUUGAUUAGCAAAACUAACAACAUUACAUGCACAAUGGGGUAUUCUCAAGGAAUGAGAGCCUUUUCCAGAAUAUCAGCGGGUCGCAUGCAAGACAUGCCUGGCAACUCUGAAACUCAUCCUAUUCAAUACAUAAAAAUCGAUAAUAUAUGUAUACCAAUGAACGUGACCCACAUCGAGAUUCGGUCACGAUUUCAUCUUUUCAAGCAACGUGGAGGAUGUGAAGAGCGUUAA